UCCAGGAAACUACACCAUUCUUGCCCUCUAAGUCUCCCUCCAUGAUCCCUAGGAAUAGUCAAGAGUAUGGAUGCUUACUUUGACUGGAGUUUGGUGAUCAUGAUCACUGCCUUAAUUAUUAUAUAGCUCUUCCAAACUAAGUUUCUUCCUUUCCAUAUCAAAAACCAGAAUGAGUGACACUGUUACACCAAGCUCCACCGAGUGGUUUCAUCCAUUCUAUGAUCAAACCAUUCAUGGGCAAGUAGUUUCUUCUUCUUCUUGUUUUGGCUUUGGUUUUUCAUCUGAUUCUACCAUGGUUACAGCAACAACAACAAGUAGUAGUUGUGCAUCUGAUAACUUAUUGUCAAGCCCUAGCUGUUCAACUACAGCUAAUGGUGGUCAGUUGACUCCUAAAGGUGUUGUCUCAAAGCCUAUUAGAAGAAGGUCUAGGGCUUCUAAGAAGACACCCAUUACCCUCCUCAAUGCAAACACUAGCAACUUCAGGACCUUGGUGCAACAGUUUACUGGAUGUAGCAGCAGGCCCACUUCAUUUGGGAAUCAAAAGGGGCCAAUCAACUUGAAUUUUAGACUAGGUAGUGUCCAAAAUCAUAAUAGCAUUGAAACUACAGCAAUGGCUCCUUAUAGCAACAGUUGUAGUUAUAAUGAGUAUUACCAGAUGCAACAACAAGGGCAGCAACACCACCAUCUGCAGCUAGAGCAUCAGCAGCAACAAUAUACAGUUCCAUUUGAAGAUGUCUACAAUUUACCAAGUGCUGCUGGUGAUGACAAUGAGACUGCUGCUGCUUCAAGAUCAAUUCUAGAGAUGGCAGAUGAGCAUUUCAUGGACGAUUUUUCCUUGCAUGAACUGGCUAAGGAGGCCUUUUUCGAUGAAGAUGUGAAUGACGAAUACUUCUAGUGGAGCCUGUAGAGGAUGCAUGGUGAUUUCUGCAUUUAGUUUAGCUUUCAUGUCUUAGAGAGUAGUGGGGUUCUUUCAUUUAAAUUCAUGCUUGUGUUCCUUCUUUUGUAUCAAUAUACAUGUUUCUGGUUGCAUUGUCUCUAUCCAUGAGAAAGAAAGGAAGAGACCUAUCUGCUGGAAUGUACAAUAAGAACAGGAAGAUUCUUCAAUGGCUACAUAGAAAUUAUCAUUUUUU